AUGCCUAAAAUCGUCGGUUUGGCUCUCCGCGGUCUGGAGUUCGUCUUCACGGUCAUCCUGCUGGGGCUCGUUGGCGCGCUCGAAAACAACUCCAGCGACAAUCCUGAAAGUGUGCACUUCAGCAUGUUCACUGCCGCAUUUUCCAUAGUCUUUCUGUUCUACCUGAUCCCUGCGACUUGGAGCGAGGGCCUUUCCGGCCACCCAAUUAUUCUCAUCGUUAUCGAUGCGCUGAAUGCCGUCUUCUUCUUCUGUGCUGCAAUCACUUUGUCUGCAAGAACUCGGGGACACAGCUGCGGUGACCACAGUUUUCUCAAUUCCAACUCUAUUGCCAAGGGGUCCUCAAGCCGAUGCCACGAGGCGCAAGCUGCAGCCGCCUUUUUCUGGUUUGGCUGGGCCAGCUACAUGGCAAGUCUCGCGCUGUCAGCUGUCGGUGCCAAAUCAGGUGCCAACCUCCGUCCUCGCCCCGCAGUCCAACGCCCUGGUAUGUCCCAGGUGUAA